AUGAGUAUCAAAAAGAGUAACAAGACAAACACCAUUAUGGAGAAAAUUCAAGUGGAAGUACCAGAGGAAUCAAGCUAUACUGAGGAUGAACAAAUCAUUAAAUCAACAAUCAGCAAUGAUAUCAGCAUGCUCGAAGAAGAUGCUGUGGCACUAAUUGAGAAACUGCCGACACUGAUGAAGCUGAUACAAGAAGAGAAAUUAGAAGAAAAAAUUAAGAAACUGGAGAUGGAUGUUGAACUCAAAGAGGAACAGUACCAUACAACUUUACCAGAAACAAAAAAAGGAGAUAAGGGGAAGGAAUAA